AUGUCUUUCUCCAAAGCAAAACUAAAACGUUUCAACGAUGUCGAUGUGGAUUGCGCCAACUCGCCCGCAACAGCUCGCCUGGCCACCGACGCAGGCACAGUUAAUACGCCAGGAAAAUGUAUUGCUACCGCACCAGCGCUUACAACAACCACCACUACUACAACAGCCACAACUACAAGCCAUCCCGAACGCAAAGAACAGAUCGAGAAAUUUUUCAAAGAUGCCGUCCGUUUUGCCACCAGCAGUAAGGAAGCCAAGGAGUUCGCUAUUCCCAAAGAUGUUGCAUUGAAGGAUGACAAAAAGUCGAAGGGCUUGCGCCUUUUUCGUACGCCCUCGUUGCCACAGCGUUUACGUUUCCGCCACAAUGCUUCCGAAUCAUCGUCAACAGCGGCUGCUAACAACAAUAAUAGUGGCGCUUGUACGGCCAGCUCUACGCCGCUGCAUUCCGCUACCACCACACCAGUGAAAGAUGUGACCAAGUCUGGCAGUCGACUCAAGGGUAAAGAGGCAUUGCAGCAAGAGAUACGCAAGAAAAAUGAGCUGCUCGAAAGUUAUAUGAGUCAAAUUGAUGUGCUGAAGCGCCAUGUCGAACAGCUCAAGGAGACGGAAAAGAAAUUGCGCGAAGAAAAUGCCAGUGCCAUGGAGAAAACAGACAAUCUUAUACAUGCAUUGCAAACAGAGAAUGCGGCACACAAAGAGUUGAAUGAUCGUUUGAGCGCCGAAAAUGUAGAGCUCUUAGAAAGUUGCAACAAAAUGGAGCUGGAAAUGAAUUCACUCCUAGCGCGUCACGGCAACGAGCUGGAGGAGUUGCAAACUAUUUUGGCUGAUGUGAAAUUGCAGAACGCUACGCUGAAGUUGCAAGCGCAGCAACAAUGCGCCGAGGCGCAACGCAAACAGCAACAAAUUGAAGCAUUGCAGACCGAGAUUAGCGAGGCGCGUGAAAGGCUCGCCACAAGCGAAGAGCGUGCGCAAAAAGACACUGAGCUAUUACAGAAUCUGCGUAAUACCAACGAGUCGCUCAACCUGGACUUGAGUGAGCUUAGGAAGCAAAUAGAACACGACGCACUUAGCUAUGCGCAAGAAACCAAAAUUACACAGAACGAAAUGGAAUGUCUAAAGAAAGAACGUAGCACGUUGAAAAACGACUUGGCCAGCAAGUGCGAACUCAUUAAGACGCUGCAGGAUGAGCUGCUGGACAAGAACUGUGAAAUCGAUGCGCAUUGCGAUACAAUACGGCAGCUGUGCCGUGAAAAGUCGAAGUUGCUGGAGAAAGAGCAUCUAAUUGAGACGGCCGAAGAGAAGAUGCGUAGUGUCGAGCAGCAAGCGGAACAAAAGGUGCAGAAACUCGAGUCGGACUUGGAGAAUGCGCUCGAACGAGAAAAGGCGUAUUGGCGCGCCGAGCUGGAUAAGCGUCAGAAACUGGCGGAGAACGAGAUCAUCAAAGUGGAAUUGGAAAAACAAGAUGUGAUGGUAGUGCUGGAGACCACCAACGAUAUGCUGCGCGACCGCGACGAGAAGAUACAAAAAUACGAAGAGCAACUACGUAAUGGCAUCGAUUAUUACUUACAACUCAACGAAACAUUGCAAAAACAGAUCGUUGAUUUGAAGCAGGACAUUGCAAAAAUCAUAACCGAGAAGUACAAUUACCAACUCACGCUAAGCAAUACACGUUCCACGGUAAAUAUAUUGAUGGAACGCUUGAAGAAAUCCGAUGCAGAUGUCGAGCAGUACAAAGCGGAACUGGAAUCUGUACAGCUGGCAAAGGGCGCGCUGGAACAAAGUUACCUGGCAUUGCAGUCCGAAAUGGAGACACUGCGCUCCAAUCACGCUGAAACCGAAACGGCGCUGAAGACGUUAUGUCAAUCGUCGCAAACGCUGCAACAAGAGGAGCGCAUUAAUACGACAGAUGUGGCGCAUUACCUGGAGAUGUACAAUGAGCUGAAGCGCAAGGACGAGACCCGUGAGCAGUACAUGCAGGAUAUGAAGAAGGCGCUGGACGAAUUCGCCAACGUGCUACAAUUCGCACAACUGGAGUUGGACAGCAAAGAGAAGUCCCUACACAAGGUGCGCGAUGAAUGUGAACAAUUGAAGUUGGAGAAUAUUGCGCUCAAGUCAAAGGUAGACGAGGGCAACAUAAAGAAAGAGAAUAGCACAGAUUUCGAGAAGAUUGAAGAUCUACUAAUCGACAAUGAACUGCGCGUGGAGUGUGAUAAAAUCGCCAAUUGGCUAUUGAGUUCCUCCGCCAGCGACAAAUGCAUACGCACCGAAAGUACCAACGAAAUCAACGAACUGCUAAAGCCGACAACACCCAACAGCACUAAGAAGAGUCGCAGCUGCAUGACACCAUCAUCGCCCGCCAACAAAACGAUAACACUGUCCACCGCACCCGGCUCUAAUGUUGGCACACCGCGUACACCCCGUACCCCGAAGACCCCGCGCACGCCGCGCACCACACCCAAGAAGACGGUCCUCUUCCCCGGCAAGGAGAACAUAUGCAGCCCACAGAAACAAGUUCUGAAAGCGCGCAAUAUGUAACUACAUAGUAAGUUUUUGAGGGGGGUCGCGUCUAGCUCGAGUCAGUCGAAAGGACUAAGCGAAU